AUGAAGUAUAAGUAGUAAGGAGAUCUUCUCGUUCCUUCAAACUCAAUACUAUUAUCUACCUACACUACUCAACCCAUCUUCGGCCAAUAUUUAAUUAUAAUAAUAUUAAUACAUUCUUCUUCUACAUAACUCAGCUUCACCAUCACCGCCAUCAUGAAGUUCUCAGCGAUCCUCUCUAUGGGACUCUUCGCCAUUGCUAUGGCUCAGAAACCUGCGCCUGGACCUGCGCCCCCCGCCCCUCAGGACGACCUUUCGAUAUGCAAAAAGGAGGCCGGCCAUUACGGUACCUACUGUCCUAGGUGCCUACCUAAGUGCAAGGACAAUCCCGCAAAGAAGGAAUGCUACUACGGCACCUUCUCUACCAUCAACGGCAUCGAGUCCAAGUGCCUGCAACACGGAGGAACUAACUGCGAGGGCCCAGCCGUCGACCAAGUUUGUGGCAAAUAAGGGUCUUGGAAAUUAGUGUGAAGAAGGACGAGGUGAAGAAUUGGGCUACGUUGGAUUGUCUCGUGGAGGGUGGGCUAAGUCAAUUCCGGAGCCCCUGAGAUCUUGUCUUGUCACGAUGGAAGUUAUCAGGGCCACUAGUUUACAAUUUCAUUCGAGCUCCCUGAAACAAGGGGGAGCAGUAGGUAUUAAUAUUUAAUACGUUACAACCUACCUAAUAACUAAAUUUGAA